GUCCAUGAGCCAAUCAAUGAGCUGAAGACAAUCCACCACUUCCGGUCCCUCUCACAAACCCAAACACAUGUUUAUAGCAGUUAGCUUAGUGAAUAACGUCAAAGGAGGUAUUAAACAUCACUGAAGAUGGUUCAGCUCAGUAGAAUCUGCUUCAGGAAGUAUGCAAACUUUGUGGAUAACCUGCGUCUGUACGUUGCUGGAGGCAGUGGUGGCAUGGGUUUACCCCGCCUCGGGGGACAGGGAGGGGAUGGGGGAGACGUUUGGGUGAUGGCUUCAAAGAAUAUGACUUUGAAGAAGAUAAAGGAAAAGUACCCCCACAAACGAUUUAUUGGGGGAAUCGGAGCCAACAGCAGUGUUAGAGCACUGAAAGGAGAGAGGGGAGAGGACCGGGAGAUCAGCGCUCCUGUUGGUAUCAUAGUCACCACAGACAAUGGCAAAGUACUUGGUGAACUGAAUGCAGAGGGUGAUCGUUUAAAGGUUGCAAAAGGAGGACAUGGCGGCUCCUUCCACUCUUCAUUUGAGCCUAAAAAGGGCCAGGUUAAACAAAUAAGGCUGGACCUUAAACUAAUUGCUGAUCUGGGUCUUGUCGGGUUCCCAAACGCAGGAAAGUCUUCUCUUCUGAUGGCUGUGUCUAAUGCAACACCUCAGAUUGCCAACUAUGCUUUCACAACUUUGAAGCCUGAAAUUGGAAAAGUGAUGUAUAAAGAUUACAAGCAGAUUUCUGUUGCUGACCUCCCUGGCCUCAUUGAAGGAGCUCAUAUAAACAAAGGCAUGGGCCACAAGUUUCUAAAACACGUGGAGAGGACCAAGCAGCUACUUUUUGUGGUUGAUGUCUCUGGCUUCCAGUUGGCAAGUAAAACACCGUUUAGGUCGGCCUUUGAAGCUGUUCAACUUCUGACCAAGGAGUUGGAGCUGUACAAAGAGGAGCUCGUAUCAAAGCCUGCUUUGCUAGUGGUGAAUAAGAUGGAUCUGCCUGAUGCAGAGGAGAAACUAGCAGAGUUGAAGGAGCAGCUACAAAACCCUGAUGAGUUUUCUGAUUUGUUGCCUGACGACAUGAAACCAAAGAACUUUCUGAGCUUCAGACACGUGGUUCCUGUCUCCGCCCUCACUGGGUUUGGGAUUGAACAUUUAAAAAGUUGCAUCAGAGAGUCACUUGAUGAAAGCGCAGAAACAAUCUCCAAAGCCAUCCAUCAAGAAAGACUGCAGACACUGAGGCACCUAUCACAUUAAGGUCUGUGACAAACAUGGACAAGUCACACCUUCUCUUCUUUGUGCUGACAGUGUACAGAUGACAGAUGAGUCUCAUUCUGCCUGCUGUUAAAAUGAUGAACUAGUUGAACAUUUUUCACUGUUGAAACACCUGUGAUGACAGAAACUGUGUGGUGUCAACACAGACCUGUUCACAGAGGCUACAGAGCUUGCAGGAUUUCAGGAUGGGACUAUAUCCCACUGAACCCUAACCGACUGGUGGUGUCAAUCGUGUAGUGUGUGUGUGAGGGCUUGGUAUUGUAUAAAAAUGAUGAAUGGGACAAACUGUUAUGUCAUCUCACGUUGUCUGGAAACAAGAUGUGCCAUUAAAUAACAAAAAGAAAGCAAAUCA